AUGAAAUACUGUUUGUAUCCAAAACAUGAAGAUCAAUAUAACAGUUUUCCAUUUACAAAAUCGGUACUGUCCGCCAGCUUAAUGCUGCUGAAAGUACGACAUAGAUUAACAAGAUCACGCGUAACUGAUAUCGGUCGUUUAAUGAGUAAUUAUCGAGUUUCAAAUACUUCACUAAGUUAUCAGGUAGUGAAGUACACAAUCGAACAAGAUAUGACUAAUGAACUCGAUACCGAAACUUACUAUAUUUGUACAAGUUGUUAUCACACCUCGAAACACAGUGAAAGUUGCGCCAGUGAAACGUGUCACGAGAAUGAUUUAUUUGAAAAACCUCCUUCGAGUUUUUCCAAAUUUUGUGUACGUCAUCAAAUCGAGCAUAUUCUGCGAAAUCUUAAUGUACAAUUAAAUAUUAGACCUCAAAAAAAUAGCUAUAUGAUCGAUAUCAGUGAUGAUGGCGAUUUAUAUCAACAUAUCCUGUCGUUAGAAAAUGAUGAUUUUAUUACGUUUGUGUUGAAUGUUGAUCGAAUAUCGUUAUCAGACAGCUCGGAUCAAUCAUUAUGGAUAUUUUUAAUGAUAAUCAACGAGAUUUCAGAAAACGUUCGUUUUCAGUUACGAAAUAUAAUCAUUCCAGGUAUUUGGCCUGGACCGAGAAAACCAACAAACCCUGAAUUACAAACAACGUUAUCCAUUGUAGUUGAUGAGCUUGUAGAUUUGGAAGAAGCCGUUGAUUAUUAUGUAAAAUCUAGUGACAGCCUAUUACCGUUGAAAUCAUCCUUGAUCUGUAGUUUAUAA